AUGGGUCAGAUAACACAACAGUUAGAUUCAAAUUCUCAAGCUCCAGGUACCUUGCAAAGUGGUACAGUGACAAAUUCGCGUGAGCAUAAUAAUGUUAAUGCUGUAGUGAUCAGAAAUGCUCUAGAACAAAUUCCAAUAUAUGCCAAAUUCAUGAAAGAUAUCAUAUCCAAAAAGCACUCCACAAAUAUAGACCCAAUCAUCCUAACUGAAAUGUGUAGUAUCAUUCUCCAAGGUAUGAAAAUUCAUGUGAAAAAGAAAGAUAGAGGGUUUGUUACUAUUCCUUGCACUAUUGGUGAUAGAAAAUUCAAGAAGGCUCUGAUUAAUUUGGGAUCUAGUGUGAGUUUGAUGCCACUGUCCAUCUACAAAAAGUUGGGCCUUGGAACCGUUCAAGACACUAGAAUGACGCUUCAGUUUGCCGAUCGCUCAGUUAGGCGACCCUAUGGAAUCGUGGAAGAUGUUCUGGUAAAGAUAUAUAAGUUUGUAUUUUCGGUUGACUUUGUCAUUCUUGAGAUACCUGAAGAUGAAGAGAUUCCUCUCAUAUUGGGCAUACCAUUUUUAGAAACAGGACGGUGUAUGAUAGACAUAGAGGAGGAACAAUGA